AUGUAUGGGCCGUCCAAAGCGGAGUCGUCCAAGCCCAAGUACUCAAAAUUGAGAGCUUCCUGCGAUACUUGCUUCACGGCAAAGGUCAAGUGUAGCAAAGCUCGGCCGAUCUGUUCACGAUGUCUGGUUUGCGGUGCGGACUGCAAGUAUAGCCCAUCGUCUCGAGCCGGGAAACCGAAGUCAGAUGGCAGUCACAGGCGCUCGUCAGCCAAGGCAAAUCGCUACCCAACCCCGUCGAUGAUCAUCGAUGUGGAACACGCGAAUUCCUACGUGGAAACAGACUGGUCUUCAAUCAUGGGCACACCGAACGAACCGGUGCAUCGAAACUCUAUAUCGUCACCUCUUCCGGCCAAUGGGGACGAGACUGGAUCCUUCGUGGAUCCCACCCUACAGCCCCCAUUCAUUUCCUGGUACGAGCCAGCAGAAGCCCACCACCACUCGACCUCUGCUCCAAGCCUCCAAGGAAGUCACAACCACCACGCCUACAGUUCCAACCAGCCAACCCGGUCCGCGACCUGCAACUGCUUUAACACCUGCCUCUCGGCGCUGCAAGCGCUCCACAACUCCGACGCCAUCACCGCGACCUCCCCCUUCGACGUCAUCCUCACCAUCAACCAGCGCGCGGUCGAGACCUGCUCAACCAUGCUCCACUGCCCCAUCUGCACAUCCAAAGCGGGCGCCUCGAGCCUCCGCACCAUGCUCCUGGGCACCAUCCUCGGCCGCAUCAUCUCCAUCUACCAGGACGCUUCCAAGAGCUACUUUGCGCUCAGCACCACCCCCUCCUCCACUUCCACCACCUCCACUCCCACCACCUCCUCCUCCCCUUCCAGCCAUCACAACAACGGAUAUAUUCGGCAACAGCAACAGCAGCAGCAGCAGCAAUUACCCCUCACCUUCGGGACGUACCGCGUUGCCAGCGAGGACGUGCGCUGGCUACAGAUGGAGAUCCUCCUGCGGGACCUGAAGAAGCUAAAGGAGCUGUUUGCCCGCUUCCAGGAGACGAGCCUGAUGUUGGGCGAGAGCGAGGAGGACGCGGGCAUGCACGGCGCGGUGAGCAACUACCUGUGUCAGAGUCUGGAUCUGACGUUCGAGUCGCUGCGGAAGCAGCGCAGCUUUACGGCUGGCGGAGGGGGUGGCGGAGCCGGUGGUGGUGGGCAGCUCUGA